AUGAUUAAGGUUUUUGCGUUGAGCUUUCUAAAAGGUUGGGGUGGCGCUGGACCAGAGCAGUCUUUUCUUGGUGGAUCUCGUUCGACCUACAUGCAACCUGGAUGGAAAGGUACGAACUCCGCUGGUCAAGCUGGUAUAGGAGGAGGUUACGGAACAGGAGCGAGCGGUUCUGCAGGUGGGACAGCAGGCUUCAGCGGAGGAUCAGUCGGCGGCGGACGUGGUUUUACUGGUACAGCUGGCAGUGGUAGACCAAGCGGUUUCAGUGGGAUUGGUGGACAGGGCCAAUCAGCUACAGUUGGAGGGGCUAGUGGUAGGGGACAAGGAGGCGCAACUGGUCAAACAGGAAUCAGUGGGUUUGGUGGAACCGGUGGUCCAGCUGGUGGAGGUGGACAGAAUGUUGGAAGCCGAGGAGAACGCACUGGCGGUCCAUCUCAAGGAAGAUACACUGGCGGUCCAUCUCAAGGAAGAAGCACUGGCAGUAUGGAGGGAGCAGGAGGAAAUGCCAGACCAUCAAGGAGAAGCACCUAUGCCACUGGCGUUAUUGCUCAUGGUAUAGCAGGCAGCACCUACGUUAUGGAUAAUCAGCGUGUUCCGCAAACAGGGAAAGGAGGUGCUCAACCACAAGCAACCUCAAAUCAGCCGCGUGGCCCGGAUAAAUUCGUCCAAUCAGAUUACAUCAAUCUGGAGAAGGCCAUCUAUAGACUGGAACGGAAGAACGUUCUAAAGAAAUACGAAGCGAAGACGAUAUUUGCAGAUGAGAUCAAAAAGACUCUCGAUCAACUCGAGGCCACCUUCAAGGAACUCAAAAAGCAGACCGAAAAAGAAAAGGCAGACGUCGAAAACAUUGAACAACCAUCAGUGAGGUCGUUUCUGAAACAGCAAGUACAUUUGCACGUUAUCACUCAAUACAGUGCAUUUCAGGGAACAUGGGAUGAUCGUUUCAACAAAGAACAACGAGAUUAUCUAGAUGCGUUGAAUAAGCAGGAAGUAGCCGAGAAAGUAUCCUAUCGUUUCUCAGAUCUACAUGAAACCUACAAAAUUGAGGAGAUGGAUGGUGCAAGAAAGCAGUAUGAGAGAGCGGCUCGAAUCGCUGAAAUUUAUAAACAACAAUGUGACAACUUGAAAGAAUUGUACGAGAAGCAGGAUGAAAUGCUGAGUAAAUACAAAAUUCCAUUUUCGUUCCACUCCCAUCGUCUCAAUUCCUACUCAGUUGAUGUAAAAUUACGUGUUAAAUACGAUUUAGCCACAAUAUUCGGUUCCGAUUACGCCAGUGAAAAGGAAAACCGAUUGGAAGCUGCUCUGGACGAUGCUACUGAUUGGCAACAACGCGUCUCAUUGGCCAAGUUCAAAUGGACCAAUGGACGGGUGCUGCUUGUCCAUGCUUGUACACAAAUGGCGUUCGGUAUAGCCAGAUGGUCUGAGCUUGAACAAAUGGAUCCGAGCAAUACAAGGAUGAGAUAUUUCGCGGCCGCUGAAGCAAGAAACAAUUUCAUCGCAGCAGCACAAAACGUUCAAUCGUGCAGAGUUUAUUUGGGCAAAGUUCAGUUCCCAUAUUGCACUGAAGAAGAAAUGUCAACGAUGAAUGAAACGCUAAAUAGCGCAUUCAGUGAUAUCCAAUCAAAUAGUACACUGAAAAAGGCGCUCGACGUUUACAAGAACGUUCAUAAAAAGUUAGCCUCUCUUUUGCAAUGGUUCGAUAAGGUGAUCAACGAUACAAUUUUGAAGGAUCUGGAAAAGGCGGAUAAUGAGAUUGCAAAGAAACAAAAACAACUGCGAGAGGAACGUUUAGCGUUGAUGAAGAAAAAGGUUAAAUCGGAAAUGAGUCGUGACUUGAAGAUCGUUUAUGAUGAAGGCGAUAGUGAAGAUGAUUUCGAAGCUGAAAUUCUCGCUUUGGAGGCAGAAAAAAUAGAUAAUAACGAAGAACAACCAGGAAAUGAUCUGUCUGAAAUACUCAAUUUAUCUCAGCCGGAUGGGCGUCAAUCCUCACCAGUCCCACGUUCGAAACUAGCUCCAAUACCUGAUAAAGACGCCUUGUUUGGAGACGUAAAGCAAAAACUGGAUGAAUAUGACAACACAAGAAAAGCGCUUGAGAAGAGAAACAAUUUACAGCGUGAAAAACAUCAGAUCGAACUUCAGGAAAAGAUUCGCAUUCGAUCGCAGAACGGGCGUCGCAGUCGUGCACAACGCAGAGAUUCCAUUAUGCCAGUUGAAGAUGUGGUCCCUCCUGUUGAUGCAUGA